AUGGGCUCAGUUAUGACCGAUACACCCAUUGAUGUCAAGGGCAAAGACACCCUUAAUAUUACGGUGGAGUUCACAGGAGGUCUUGAAAUGUUAUUUUCGAAUGAAAGGGUUCACAAGAUUGCAUUGCCGUCCCGGGACCCAAACGGGUCUAUUGCGAAUAUCAGCUACUUAGUCAAGUACCUGAUCGAGAACGUAAUGAAAGACCCUAGAAAAGAGCUCUUCGUGGUCGACGAUGCAGUACGACCUGGCAUAUUAGUGUUGAUCAAUGACGCCGACUGGGAGCUAGAAGGAGAGGACGCCUAUGAGAUUGCGAAGGGUGAUAACAUUCUAUUCGUAUCUACUCUCCAUGGAGGCUAG